CAAAGUAUGCAUAUAUCAGUUUGAGUUGGUUUUGAAUGGGAGUAAUGUUUGUUAAUCAUAACAUUAAAAAACAAAUUUCUUUGGUUUAGGUAUAUUCAUUUGGUAAUCGAAGAUAAAAAAAAUAAAUUAUUGAAAAUUGAAUAUAACAUUUCUAUUACAAAAACAAACUGAACCACAAGUUAAUUUUUGAUCAAUAAUUUAUUCCACAGUGCAUAAAUGAAUAAAAUAUUCUUCUCCAAUCGUCAACUAGAUGAUUUUAUUCAUAGUUAAAACAAAAAACCUGCUAAAAAACGAAACAGGAAGUAUAUUUUUAUUUUUAUGUAUUUACCAACCAUUCAUUCUUAAGCUGUGUACCUGCGAUAACUAACCACCAAAGUCGUACAUAUUUUCAUUGCAAUAUCGCAACACUAAGUGCGAUAAUGAAAUAGUGAUACAAAUCGACAUGAUCUAAGCAGUUGUAAAAAUGUAAGCGAUAAUUCGUUUUAUUCGAAAACGCAGAAAAACAAGAUGCAAUUGUUAAUCUAUUAACUGUUCAAGAUGUGUUUUUUAUAUUUUCUGAAAUAUUUACAGAAUGUUCAGAGAUGUUAGUAGUUAGCAGCACUCAAGACAACUUGCCGCCCACGUCUAUACCCUAGUCCUGUCCUAAAUAUUGUUACAAGGAAAUAUAUACAAAUUUCAACACAAAAAUUAUUUUUUUCAAAAAGUUUAUUAGAAAAUAAAAUGUAUAUCUAUAGAGAGUAAAUCAUAAAAAGAAAUUAAUCAAAAUGUCCUCCUUUUUGUAUUCACACAGGCAUUUAAUCUCUGUGGCCAGUCAUCAAUAGCAGCACGCAGUACUUCUUGAGGAAGCGCUCAACUGCUCAGACCAGAGAUUGUUUGAGGCUUUCCAAGUUAGGGUGUGCUCUGUGGCAUGCCAUCCUCUCCAGUUCGGACCAAAGCCAGACAAUCUAGUGGGUUGAGAUCAGGGCUUCCUGAGGGCCAAUCCGAGGCAUAGGUGAACUCUGGAAUGUUCUUUUGCAGCCACUAUUGAAAUGACCUAUCCUUGUGAGCUGGAACGGAAUCCUGCUGGAAAACCCAAUGGCUUCCAGCAAACAGAGUAUCAUUUAGAGGCUUGACAACAGGUUCCAAAAUAUCGUCCUGAUAGUUUAUAGCAGCUGUUUCAACAAACUCCCCACCAAACCAUCACUGAGGAAGGGUGAUGACCUCUUUCCAUUUUUCCAAUGACUUCCUGGGCUUCUUUAAAGCUGUGUGCGUACACAUGAUAAUUUUGGCGAUUAAAUUUCUCUUCAAUUGUAAAAGUGUUCUCAUCACUAAACAAAAUAUUUCGAUGAAGAACGUUGGUGUAACGGCCAAGCAGCACUUUGCAUAUAUCCACUCUAAUUUUUUUAAGGAUAUGGUUAGCCUCCUGUCAUUAUUCGAUAUGCAUCCAUCCUAAGGUCACUUUUUAUCAUGCGGGACAUUGGUCUGACAGAGAUUCCCAUUUCCCGAGACAUGAUUUAUUUUCGAAUGUUAUUUCUUCUGGUUCGGGCAACCAUUGCUCUCACUGCAUUUGCCGUUCUCAAGACGGCCUAGUCGAGGUCUGUCACAUACAGAUAGGGUCUCAUUAUAUCUAUUUAUAGUGCGGAACACGAACAUACAGCUGAUUUUCAGUGUUGAAAAUCUCUGAUCUAUAUUUUCCAACUUUGUGUAAGGCGAUCACAGCUAUUCCGUUUUCUUUAUCACCCCACUCCAUGUUAACUGAGUGAAAGAAAAAUACAAACUAAUUGUGAUUAUUAUCCUGACAUGUAAUGAAAAUAACCCAAUAUAGGGGAAGAUUAUCUAAAUAAUACUCAAAGAUCUAAACAAAGUUCAACUUUUGUAACAGUAUUUAUUGCAGAACUAGGUAUAGAAAGAAAAAUCCUAAGUUCAUAAUCAGCUAAACCUUACCGCACGACAACCAUCAAAAUAUUAUUUUCUAUUGAGUAGCCUCAUUACAUUAUUUAUUUCAAAUCAUAUAUAUUUUUAAAAAUUAAAAUAAGAUAAUUAUCUCAAAUUUAGAUCUAGUUCUCUUUUUUUAAAUUUAAUGACGUCCUUAUGCAGUGCUGGCGCCCCCGGCCGAUGACGUCAUCUCCCCUCCCAUGAAAAUAUUAAAUUAAUUUUUUAAGCUACUUUAUAUGAUGUAAUAUUUGAAUUUUAUUUCAUUCAAUGUUUCUCUAAUACAGUUGCUAUAUUAACAGGCUACAUUUGAGUAUUUUUUUUUUUUAAUUUCUGAUUAGUGGCUAAGGCAGGCACUGCCCUUAUGUAUUCAAAUAGCAACAAGGGUGAAUUGUACAUAUUCACUUUAGUACACGGAAAAAUUUUUUACCUGUGGUUGCCUUACGAAUUUAUACCUGAAUCUAAAUUUCAUGUUAAAGAUUACGUGGGAUCUGAUGAAACACUAAUUGUUCCAAGAAAAAAAAAAAAAAAAAAAUUACUGCCAUUGGUGACCAAAGAGGUUUUACGCUAGUAAACAAAGAAGAAAUCCAUAAGUAACAAGGUUAUUCGGAAUCUUAAUAAAUGUUCGAAUAAAUGCAACUAAUUAGGUAACAUGAAUUAUUUAUUCUUAAAACAAUGUUCUUAUACCUUAAUGAAAUAAUUAUUUUGAUUUUACAGAGGCCAUGCAUGAUGCCUUCUACUUGCUUGGAAAUUUAACUAACUGAAAUAUCACCAUUGUGCUGUUUUUCUUAACGUAUUAUUUUUGUUAAUUGUAAAUAAAAAUAUAAGCUUUUAAAAAUAACGUUUUUAGUUGAUUAAUAUUUAAUUUUAAAACAAAUCUAUGUAGUAAAUAUCUGUUCAAUACAGCAGGUAGCUUAUAUCGAUACUUUUUUUUUUGAGAUACAGAUAGCUGUGCCUAGAGGAAUAUUAAUUAUUGUUUUUUGUAACUUUGUUUGCCUUAAUAAAAUAUAAGCUAUUUUUACGCCCCGAAAAAUGUCUAAACGUCGGAUUGAGUAUAUUGAUCCUUAUGUAACAAAACAGAGCAGGAUGGCAGCUGUUCCUUCUACUAGUGUUACAUCGACAACAAAUGUUGCUCCUCCAGCAGCCAAUACAUUAAAGAAUAGUACAUCAAAAAAUCCAUUUACUGGUCUUCCUUAUACCAGGAGAUACUAUGAGUUUUAUAGAAAGAGAAUUCAGCUUCCAGUCUUUGAAUACCGUGAUGAAUUCAUGGAUCUUUUGCACAAACAUCAGUGUAUUGUUCUUGUUGGCGAAACUGGAUCCGGGAAAACUACCCAAAUCCCUCAAUGGUGUGUGGAAUAUUCGCUGAGCGUUGGAUCAAAAGGUGUAGCUUGUACUCAGCCGAGGAGGGUCGCAGCUAUGUCUGUUGCGCAAAGAGUUUCCGAAGAGAUGGAUGUAUCUUUGGGUCAAGAAGUUGGUUACAGUAUAAGAUUUGAAGACUGUUCAUCAGCUAAAACAGUAUUAAAAUAUAUGACUGACGGUAUGCUUCUUCGUGAAGGCAUGUCCGAUCCCAUGCUUGAAAAUUACCAAGUGAUAUUAUUGGAUGAAGCUCAUGAAAGAACGUUAGCUACAGAUAUUCUUAUGGGUGUUCUUAAAGAAAUUAUUAAACAGAGGUCUGAUCUCAAGCUGGUUAUUAUGUCUGCCACCCUUGAUGCUGGCAAAUUUCAGCAAUACUUUGACAAUGCUCCUUUGAUGAAUGUACCUGGAAGAACUCACCCUGUUGAAAUAUUUUACACUCCUGAACCGGAAAGAGAUUAUCUGGAAGCAGCUAUAAGGACUGUCAUACAAAUUCAUAUGUGUGAGGAAAUUGCUGGUGAUGUACUUCUCUUUCUGACUGGACAAGAAGAAAUUGAAGAGGCUUGUAAAAGAAUUAAAAGAGAAAUCGACAAUCUGGGCCCUGAAGUCGGAGAACUAAAGUGUAUUCCACUUUAUUCGACCUUGCCGCCUAACCUUCAACAGCGCAUUUUCGAACCCGCUCCACCUAAUAAACCCAACGGUGCUAUAGGAAGGAAAGUUGUAGUGUCGACGAACAUUGCUGAAACUUCACUUACGAUAGAUGGAGUUGUUUUUGUGAUUGACCCAGGAUUCGCAAAGCAAAAAGUAUACAAUCCUCGUAUCAGAGUAGAAUCUCUUCUAGUUUCGCCCAUAAGUAAAGCAUCAGCACAACAAAGGGCUGGUAGAGCCGGAAGAACACGACCUGGAAAAUGUUUUAGGCUGUACACAGAAAAGGCUUACAAAAAUGAAAUGCAAGACAACACGUAUCCAGAAAUUCUCAGGUCAAAUUUAGGAUCUGUGGUUCUUCAAUUAAAAAAGCUUGGAAUUGACGAUCUUGUCCAUUUUGAUUUCAUGGAUCCUCCUGCCCCGGAAACUCUGAUGAGAGCUUUAGAACUUCUGAAUUACCUGGCAGCGUUGGAUGACGACGGCAACUUGACCGAUCUCGGAGCAGUCAUGGCAGAAUUUCCUCUAGAUCCACAGUUGGCUAAGCUUCUCAUCACGUCGUGUGCGCUCAACUGUUCCAAUGAAAUCCUCUCUAUCACUGCCAUGCUAUCAGUUCCGCAGUGUUUCGUUCGGCCGAACGAGGCAAAGAAGGCUGCCGAUGAUGCGAAGAUGCGCUUUGCGCACAUCGAUGGGGAUCACUUGACUCUUCUCAAUGUUUAUCACGCCUUUAAACAAAACUCAGAAGACCCACAGUGGUGCUAUGACAAUUUCGUCAACUAUAGAUCUCUCAAAUCCGGCGAUAACGUGAGGCAGCAGCUAUCGAGGAUAAUGGAUCGUUUUAAUUUGAAGAGGACCUCGACGGAGUUUACAUCCAAAGACUAUUACAUCAACAUCAGGAAAUCACUUGUUACUGGUUUCUUUAUGCAGGUCGCUCAUCUAGAGAAGACGGGUCAUUAUUUAACGAUCAAGGACAACCAGGUCGUACAGUUACAUCCUUCGACAUGUUUAGAUCAUAAACCUGAAUGGGUCGUCUAUAAUGAAUUUGUACUUACGACGAAGAAUUAUAUAAGGACGGUGACAGAUGUUAAACCUGAAUGGCUUUUAAAGUUAGCGCCUCAAUAUUAUGAUCUCCAGAACUUCCCUCAGUGCGAAGCGAAGCGUCAGUUGGAAAUACUUCAAGAAAGGCUCGAUUCCAGACAGUAUCAAGAAGGCUUCUAAGGAGGCAGUGUUAAAUAUGUAUUAUAUACAAUUAUAUAUAUAUAUAUUCUUAUAUAUAUAUAUUUAGUAAAUAAUAUAUACAUAAGGAUAUAUAUAUAUAUGUUAGGACUCUCCCUCACUUACUCAUGCACUCCUCACUCUCCUAUUUUCUUUAGAAAUUCUCAUUUCUAUAUUUAAAGACCUGUUUAAAUAUAUAUAUAUGUAUUCCUUGAAGAAUUUCAGCAAAUUGUUAUAGUGACAGCUACAAUAUUAAUAAAUUAAAAAUCUUAUAAACAUUUUCGAAAUGUUGCUUGUUUGUGACUUUUAGCUGUAUUUUAAACAGUAGGUAAUGAAAUUGUGAUGUAUGCUGUGUUAAAUAUGUUACAAACAGUAUUUUAUCUAUUAAAUUCUCAACAUCAAUUUAAUCAUGUCGAAUUACCUUUCUGUUUUUAUUAUUUUUUUUUUUUUAUAUAUAUCAAAUAUGAAACUAACUUACUCUCUAUCUACUAAGAUCAUUCCAUAAAAUAUCAUUUCUUUUUUUUACUUAUCUGUUAUUUGUAAUGGUAUUUAAUGUACAGUGGAUGGGUAAGUUAAUUUUAUCCCACUGUAAUGUUUGUUUGGUAAAAAAAAAAAAAAAAAAAAAUUGAAUUCAAAUUAAGAAGGGUUGUCUACUUAUAUAAGCUUUUGUUAUUAAUUGCCUAAUAUUUAAUUCACAAAUAAAAAUAUAUGAAUAGAUUUUAUGAGCCCAUUCAUAUUUCGAUAUGAAUGGCUAGUUAGCCCAUUCAUAUUUUUCGAUAUGAAUGGCUAGUAGUAUUACACUACAUCUUUGUAUCUAUUAAUUUUUAUUGUUUACCUUUGGAGUUAGUUAAUUUUUCCCUGAUUAGUUUUUAAGAAUAGUACUUUUUUUGUAUUAAAAAAUAAAUUUUACUGUAAAUAACUUUUUUUUCUCAAUGGCUUAAAAAAAAAUCAGUUAAUAUCUAGUUGCAUAUUUGGACUAUUAGAAUAUUGAUUACUAGUUUUCUUUUUAGAUUUACCAAUUGUGAAAAAAAUAGUUCCCAAUGUACAGACAUAUAUUUUAAUACAUAAGUGUUAAGCCUAUAUUUGAGUUUUUAAUUAUCCUUUUUUUUUACUCCCAAUUUGUAUAUCACA